AUGACCUCACGACGCAACCCAAUUUUUGGCCCGCGGGUCUCAAUCUCCUCCUUUGGUCCCAGAAUCGAGCACCCAAAAUGCGGAUACUGUACAGAAAAUGCUUUGAUCCCAUGUACAACCUGCGAUGCUACCUGGUACUGUUCAACAAAGUGCCAGGACGGGGAUCGCACAGUUCAUGAGAUUAUUUGCCAGAAAUACAUAGAUUUCAUUACUGCAAAUCCAUGCCCCGAAGACACCUUCGAUAAGAAAUACAGACUCGGUCUCCUUCUGCCGGUGGACUCGGAAGAUUUUGAGUUAGCUUGGAUCGCCAAUGGUUCUAGGGGCAAGUCUGUGGCAACGUUCCUUCAAUAUUACGACCAGGAUCGGAUAGACACUCGCAAGACUCUUGUUGAUUGUAACAUGGCAAGCAAGGACUUUGAUCAUCGCAUUAUUCUAGCCGUUCGGGGGGACUUUUUAACCGAUAACUCUCCGCCAAAUGCAUGCAUCAGCCAUAUCAUGGCUAGCGAUUUGAAAUAUCCUUUGAAGGGUCCCGUUGCUGUUGUUAGCGAGCGUGGUGAUGGUGAUUCUGGAAACGUACAACAUUUUCAGCCACGCGAUUUCAGAAUUCUUAUUGACUUCCUCUAUAACUAUGAUGGAAGGCCAAAACUUGAGAUUGGGCACGCUUGUGGUGAUCAUUCUAAGGGUAUUGUGGGUAAGAGGAUGAGUCGUUUUUUGAAUUUUCUCACCGGAAAAGCUCAAGAUGGAAAGGGAAAUUCGACUACAAAUGCUCCCUUCGAUGCUGAGGAAGAAAGAACCUACGGGAAACUUGAUGGAUCCUUUUUCGGCCCAGAUAGGAUUCUAGAAUCUGAGUCUCUCCUUCCGAGACAUGAGUCUCAGCACUCGGAGCCUGGCGUUGACCUUGGUAGUCUUGAGGACGAUGGUUCUCCGAUUGACAAGCCUGAAUCCUUCGUUCUGCCAGAUUUCCUACCUGACUGGAUUAGGGAGUCUGAUGCAAUUGCCACAGGACCUAUUAUACGUUCAAACACAGCUCCAUCCCUUUCGGUAGUCGGUACGAAAACGACGAUGAAAAAGCCUGCCAGUAUGGAAAGCAUAGAAAUUACCUCAGCUUCGCCAAUUACCCAAACCUUCCCAGUCGCGAAGCCUAGCAAUGAAAUACCACACGACGACAACAUUUCUAUCAGGAAUUCUCUUGAUAUCAUUAAUUGUUACAAUCCAAAUAGAGCUGGAAAUAACCACAGUGCAUCGUUAUCGAUUGAUUUAGCCAGACAAAUCCCAUCUGUCUCAGCCACCACAUCAUUUUUUCAACCUAAGCCGAUUCGGAAGGACAAAGAACCCUUGACACUCAAUGCGAGAAAUUCUUUCUUCAGUCGUCCAAAAUCUCAUAGCAUGGAAACAAACCGUGAUCGAGUGUUGUCUCGGCGAAGUAUUGCUGGUUCCAUUAUGUCACCAUGGACAGUGUAA